CCUUUCCUCUCCAUUUUUCUACUUUCUUAAACUCUGUAUUUGAUUCUCCGUUUCUCUGGAUUUUGUUCCUCUACCGAGCCUCUCCCCCGCACUAAGCGGUGCAGCGACUCGCCAGGCAAGGGACCGGUUCAACUCACCUCCCCGCUACCACCACAAUACACUUCGGCCUUCUAGUUACGAAGCUUUCCCGAUAGUUGUUUUUUUUUUAUAUUAUUUUUUAUUUGUUGUCGAUUCAUUUUUUUUUCUUGUGCGUAGAUAAAUGUGUGAUUUGUUUUUAUUUCUUCUGUUGCUAAGCGCGUUGAUACAUUUAAAUUCAUCCAGUAAUACUUAAUUUUUUUAAGUGAUUUCACCAAUGGAUAAUUCCCCUUGGCUAUUAUCUAUUUUAAAGGGCUAUUCGUUUUGAUUCUGACGGAUAGCUACAGUGAAUCUAGCUAAUGAAUUUACUAUUCUAAUGUGUUUUGAUAUUCUUGAUAUAAAUGGACAGUGCAAAAAAGAAAUGAAUAUGAAAACAUUAUUUCUGGUUAUAUGUUUAUCUGUUUAAAAUUACGGGAGUAAGCAUUUUGAGACUCUAGCUACUACAGGUGAAUAGCUUUUGUUUUUCUAGAAUGGAGUUAAAUCAACAUAUUGUGUCAUAGAUUUAAAAAAAAAAAAAAGUAGAAUGUUUGGUAGUACGAAUAUUUUGUGUAUCUCGGCGUAUCUUGUUUAUCGUUUGAAUUAUAAACAAAAUGUUUUUUUUACUAAAGUGAGGUGUACAAUGGAUAUAUGUUAAACAUGGAUGAGACGAGCAUUGAUUCCACGCUCGUACCGGAAGUGAAAGAUCAAAUUUUCGUGACAACUUCCGUUCUGUGGAAGAUGCACAACGUGACCUACUUUGGGGUCACGAGAACUGGUCUGGGCAGUUCAGAGCCUCCUUUGGAUCUACUCCCAUCGUUUACUUCCGGUAAUUCCACUAGCAGACUUCACGAGUGUCCUCAUUGCGACAAUGCUUUGAACUCUUCCAAUGCCGUUUAUAAUGAUUCCAUGUUCCCUACGGAAACGAUUCCUUACAGUUUCAGCAUUGUUCUUAUCGCUCUGUACACCUUCACGACAUUAGCAGCAGUGAUAGGAAACUCCCUGGCUAUCAUUGUGUUCGCCAAAGGCAAGCGUUCCAACACAGACCUUCGGUCGUUCCUCAUCAACCUGGCCGUGGCUGACCUCAUCAUGGCUAUCGUCUGCAUUCCUUUCACGUUCGCGUACCAGAUCACGGAGAACUGGAUAUUCCCGGACGUCCUGUGCCCCAUCGUCCAGUGCUGUCAGCAGGUGAGCGUGCUGGCUUCUGUUUGCACCAAUACGUCCAUCGGGAUUGACCGCCUGGUCGCGGUCAAGUUCCCCUUGAGGAAGCGCGUGACGAACUCCAGGUCAAAGGUCGUUAUACUCUGCAUUUGGAUUCUGGCCUGGUCGCUCGGGGUCAUUCCGUUGGUCAAGAGCAGGACUGUGUACAGGGAUAGGAAACUGAGAUGUGAAGAGAAUUGGGCCACUGAGCAAAGCAGGUUGGCUUUUGGGUUCUUCAUCAUGAUCAUCACAUACUUUCUUCCGGUCACUAUUCUCUCCGUGACCUACGCCAUGAUCGGACGCCAGCUGUGGAAACAUAAACUACCCGGAAACGCAGAUGACCACAGGGACGCUGUCCAGUUGAAAUCGAAGCGAAAGGUGGUCAAGAUGCUUGUGACCAUAGUGCUGUUGUUUGGCGUCUGCUGGCUGCCACUUCACAUCUUCAUCAUCAUCAUCACCUUCAACAUUGACUUCUUCGGCAAAGACGCCAACACAAUCUACUUCGGCGUCCACUGGCUGUCCAUGGCCAAUAGCUUUGUUAACCCGCUCAUCUAUGGCUUUAUGAAUGAAAGUUUCAGGGCCGAUUUGAACAGCAUGGUCCACUCCUGUUUACGGCGACGUUGGGGCCACAAGAGAUUGAAGCACAGGUCCGCCGCUCUGAGGUGGAAGCUUGGCGACUGUAACGUCCACGAUGCUGGCCUGCACGUCCAGCCUCGGGGCUACAUGACCAAGUCCCUGCGAACUGGGCUAGAUGACCGGGGAAACCGUCGCCACUGGAGGAACGGUCACGCCAGGAGCACCCCGGCUCUAGACGUGGCCAGCCUCUGCAGCUGCGACCUUAACAGCGUGUCCAGCUUCAACAACUCGGAGUACAGCGAACUUAACAUGAACCAGUUCCAGUCAGGAGGGAAGAGCAUUUACGCCUCGGGGAAACGCCGGACGUUCAAUACCCGUGAUGCCGCAAAUUUUAACUCAGAAGAAAACGGGGUAAAACUGGCCCCGAAGUGUGAGCAUAGCCGAAAAAAUGCCAAGCGGAAGUGCACUUGUGACCUUCGUUCCAGCGCGCUCUAUGACGGAUGCGACGUCAUUCUUCUUCAGGAGACGAAGCGCAAGGAAAAUGGUUGAGACAACUCUGUCAAAUGUUCAUGUUUUAUUUUUUUGUGCCCGAUUUUUUUUCCCUUGCUAAGGGAUCAGCUUUUAACAUCCUCAGGUAUCUGAUAAUAUGUGAACUUUUUCUCGCUUGGACCAAUUAGCUCUCUCAACGUGUUCCCCCCGAGCUCAGCUCCGAGAUUACAAAAUGUUUGAGUGACUCACGAGUCAGAGCUUGCGUCAAUAUUCAUAUAAUGUGAACGAAAAAGUACACCUGGGUCGAAUCCCUACAGUGUCGACUUUAAUUCAUCUUUCAUCACUAAUAUGUACAAUCUAAAAUGAUUCUAUACAAUCUUGGAGAUAAUCCCAUUUGUCAUAAGGGAGUAUUUGUCAAAAGAAUCUGUUUUUCCAAAACUAUGUUAGACAAUGUUGUGAAUGUUAGUGCUAUUAGAGCAUGGAAUGGGUUGCCUGGGCUAGCCAGGAAAACCAGUGACUUGGCAGAAUUUAAGUCAUUGGUUAAUAUGCAUGACUAAAUGCAUGACGCGUAGGACGUAAUCAUCUUCUUUUUUGAAGUAACGCCUGUAUUAUAUAAGAUAAAAUAAGAUAAACUACUGUGACGCCAACCUGUUGUACUUAGAGUAAUCUAACGUUCUUUUGAAAGGAAGAUUACAGUUGUGCAUCCGCGUGUGUGAUGAUCGAAGAAAAAUAGGCCCUGAAUAGUCACAGGAAUAAAUUCAAUAUUUAAAAACAAGCUAAGUACCAAAAAAGCUGUAUAGUCUCCAACACAAAGCUUAAAUGAAGUGUAUCAAUUAGGAUUAGUCAUGUAAUUAAUUUUGUAAUAAGCCUUAAUCUAUAAACGGGACUAAUUCAGCUUAUAACACACUACAGUCAAGUACCAUUUCUUUCCCUUAAAAAGGAGACUAAUUCAGCUUAAAUCACCAUUUCUUUUGUGUAGUAUUUCUUUCCCUUGUAUUGAGAUACCAAAAAAGAAUUAUUUAUGAUCAAUAGUGUUUGAACUGACUGGUUCAUUUCUUUAUUGGUUGUCGUUUUGUCAGGUAAACAAAAAAUAUUGUGCAAAAGUUCAGCUUUAUCUGAGAUUGGUGUUGGAAAUAUGACGCAUACUAAUAUUUGACCAGAAAGAAAUCUUUAAAAAUAACAUCACAUAGUGUGAAUAUAUGCGGUAAAUUUUAAUCUCAGUGAUUUACUCCUGGUUUCCAUUUUGAUUUUUUUUCUUAAAGCAUAACAAGAGUAAAGUAAAGUUCACCUUUCAGACCUUGCGAUCUAUAGGGCAGAUGAUGUAAAGGUCAUCAGUUUCUGUGUCCCAGGGUUAACCGCCCUUUACGUUUCCCAAACUAUAUUGCCAGGUACCCAUUAGAGCUCGGUGAAUUUAGAGAGCGCCCAAAGAUACCGAAUUUUAAAAUCCUAGUCUUCAAAAGGAUGCCAUCCCGGGAUCCUCAGUAUGGCUCUACCGCUCAGUCAAAGAAAUACAAUAAUGUGAAGAAAAAAAAGGCGGUGGAGGCGAUGAAAGGGAGCGUUACAAAGAAUGAAAGUCAGAAAAUUAGAGUUCUUGAAAUAAAAAGAUUCUUCUUCUUCUUCUUCUUCUUGUAACUGUCAGGUAGAGUUAAACCUUCGGCUCUUGGAACUCUAGGCCAGCAAAUGUGAACAAGAGCUCCCUCCCACCGGCCUGAAUGAGAACAAUGUACACUGUUCUGUCUGACGGGUGGGUCAGACUCGUGGCAAGAGGCCGCGUAUACUAAGAUCCCGGCCAUUUUCCUUUUCUAUACCAGGCUAACCGUGCGGGACACGCCAUUUAUGUAACGGCCCCUUGAGGAACAGCACCUGGAUUGUGACAAGGUUGUGGGAGCUUUUUUACAACUCCGCGCAGUGCAAUGAGGAUGCUCUCACACCCCUUAAGCACCCCCACGGGAGUCUUGUUUUGCUACCCUUUAGCCUAAUCGUUUCCUCCUACGAUCGUUUCCACCCGGGCGCCACUAUGACGCAGGGUAGCAUGCCCAGGAAGUAAAAAGAUAAAUAAUCAAUGUCAAGGACGCUGAAUUAAGAAAACAAUGUUUGGAAACUUAGUGUCUCAAAAGUAGCAGAAGAUAUUCAUAGUCAGCUCUGCUUGAUGAUCUCCACUCAGUUCUCUAUUUGUUUCAUUACAAAGUAAAAAAAAUAAAAAGUAAAUCUCAGACUUUGUGAUCUAUGACACAUAUGAUGUAAAGGUCAUCUGUUUCUGUGGCCCACGGUUAACGAGGGUGUCGUUUGGUCAGCAUAACGACCAACCGCCUUUACUUUUCCCCAACUAUAGGCAGGUUCUCAUUAGAGCUGGGUGGUCAGGCGCCCAAAGAUCAUGACUUUAAAAAUCUCAGUCUUGAUCAGGAUUCGAACCCGGUUCGAAAGCCAGGCGCUUAGCCGCUCAGCCACCGCACCUCCAUUUAAUAAAAAAAAACAACUUUUUAAUGGACCUCAUUCACCAAUCGUAAACAAACAACAUUUAGCCACGUGGUGUUCUAUAUCUUCUAUAUAAUUUACGAUCUCAUGUUUAAUUCAUGAUGGUUGUCACGUGACAGUUUUUUUCCAUUGUUUUAUCAAUACGAUCACGUGACCAAAUGUUGUUUGUUUACGAUUGAUGAAUGAGAUCCAUUGCGCCAAGGUCUCAAAACAAACAUUUAAAGCUUCCUCGUGUUCAUGCCAUUUCGUGCUAUAAUUGGAUGAUUUACAAAACGGAUUUAUCAGAACCUUGAAAAAUUACACACAAACUACGACACGCCUUUUAAAUCACGUAUCCCAUUAACACUGCCUACAUUCUCUACACCCGAUACACCAGGGACUCUCAACCCGUGAGACGCGACCCCCUUUGGAGGUCGGAUGACGAUUUCACACGGUCGCCUAAGACCAACCGAAAUAUGGAUUUUUUUUUAAAGUGUAAAACUUUAAUAUUUUCGCAUCUUUAUUAUCAUAGAAUAAAUAUUUUUACAGUUAAAAAUCAUCUAUAUAAUUUCUAUGGUGAAAUUCGCGCAUGUCGUGAGGUAGUGUAGAAGCAUUUUUUGUUUAUAUGUAAUUGUUUCGCCAUUGUUUUAUAGUCCAUGUCAAUAAAGGUAGCAUUUUCAUUUUUCAUUAUGAAACAAAUAAAAAAAAAAAAAAAAAAGGUUCUCGAACUAAGAAUGUUAAUAAAAGAAAUGUCAUGUUUUUAAGAUUUUAGUCAAUAUAUAAUUUCAUAUUAUUUCGUAAUUAAAUAUAAAGCUUGGGUAAUGCUUAUCAUUUUUAACAGCUUGUUUAGAUUAUUAUUUUACGGUAGGGGUCGCCGCAUGGUGGGGAAUAGUUAAAAAAGGUGUUGCCGAGCUAAAAAGGUUGAGAACCACUGCGACACACCAAAAUAGCGAGCUAUUUAUAACGCUAAAGUUGGGAAUCUCCAACAGUCACAAUAUACCUCUAAUGCACGAGAUGAAACAGAAGGGGAAACAAUUCACAUGUAAUGUUGAUGAAACAUUCUACUGUUGAUUUUCAGUUACCAAUCCAUAAAUAAUGUUGUCCAAAACGAUGUAUAGUAUUGAUCAAACAUCAUCGCGUUGUUUUAUGUCUCGGCAUGUUGAUUGUUACAAAUCUGUAUGAGUACACAUGUAACAUUAUAUUGAAUACAUUUUUGUCUUGUGCCAUGAUGUGGUUGUGAGUUGAAUAAAAUAAUUGAA